AUGCCGAAACUUCAGGGGGCUUUGCCCCCGGAAUCUUUACCAUGGCUCAGCCCCCACCGGUUCACUUCAUCCCAAUCUUUAUACUUUCUUGUUUCCUGCCGAAACAUAGUUGAAACGCUAACAGAGUUUAUUGUACGACUUCAAAAGUAUCCCUCUAUAUACAGCCGACUCAGCGACUUUGCUAGACGCUUUGAGACUCUCUUGAGUCAGUUGAACAACUAUGAGAUGGUUAUUCCUGAGCUAGUCAACGAGAAGGGGGAGUUUAUCAGUUAUCAUGUCCAGCAUCGGAAACUGAAACGCCCUAGGGCAGUGUUUCCCCCGGGAUUCCAAAAAGACGGCCCUGGUCGUGUGUUUUAUAAACUGAGUGCGUAUGGAAGAAUAUUUCAGUUUAAUCUGACGCUGAACGCAAAACUUUUCUCUAAAAACUUUCAGUCAGAAUGGUGGAAUGGCUAUGGUCUGGAGAAGAAAUCUAACCAAGUCCGUCAAUGUCAUUACACCGGCUUCAGCAAAGAACCUAGCAAGUCCAACAGAGCAGCAAUCAGCAAUUGUAUAGGAUUGUAUGGUGUGUUCUCUACUGACGAGGAUGACUAUUUUGUGGAGCCGCUAUGGAACCACACUAACAACAUUGGUAAGGAAGGGUAUCCACACAUUGUGUACCGGCGAUCAUCUCUCAAACUUCGCAAUGAGGAUUCACAUUGUGGAGUCACUGAUGUUCUGGAAAAGAAAACAAAGUGGCUAUUGAAUAAAGCUCCAAGAAUUUUUAACGAAGUUUUGAAACCAAAGGAAAGACCAAAGCACUGGCUUGAAAUAGUGAAACCAAAAUACCGAAAAGGAAGUCGCUUCCGCCGAUCAACAAGCAAGGAAAGAGAUGUAGAAAUGUUGGUUGUUGUUGAUAAAAAGAUGGUGAACUUCCAUGGACCACACGAAAUAGAACCCUAUGUCCUGACCAUUAUGAAUAUUGUUGCUAAGCUCUUCCAUGAUCCAAGUAUCGGCAAUGCUGUCAACAUUAUCAUCACCCGAUUAGUCUUGUUAACAGAAGACCAGAAAGACCUUCAAAUCAAUCACCAUGCCGACCGGUCACUAGAUAGUUUUUGCAAGUGGCAACGAGACAUCAAUGUAAACUUGACAUAUAAGCCAGGAGAUGGCAUUGCUCAUCAUGACAAUGCUGUCCUUAUCACUAGGUAUGACAUUUGUACAUACAAGAACAAACCAUGUGGGACACUUGGUCUGGCACCGGUGGCUGGCAUGUGUGAGGAUGAUCGCAGCUGCAGCAUCAAUGAGGACAUCGGCCUUGCCUCAGCAUUUACAAUAGCUCAUGAAAUAGGACACAAUUUUGGCAUGCAUCAUGACGGUGCAGGAAACCCGUGUGGGACGCCGGGUCAUGAACCUGCCCGCAUCAUGGCCGCCCAGUUAACCAAGGACACUGUGCCUUUCCUGUGGUCGAGCUGCAGUCAGGAAUACAUUACCAGUUUUCUGGAUUCUGGAAAAGCCCACUGUCUGGAAAACCAUCCACAGAAACGUGAAUUUCCAUUUCUGAAGGAGCUUCCUGGUGAGAGAAUUGAUGCUCAUCGACAGUGCACUCUACAGUUUGGGCCUCACUCAAAAGCUUGCAAACUAAGGCAAGUGUGUCGAGAACUGUGGUGCACAGACCAUCGGGACCAGUGUGUAACCAAUAGUAUUCCUGCAGCUGAAGGGACCAAGUGCUACCUGACGCACAAGAAAAGAGGGUGGUGCUACCGAGGUCAGUGUAGAAAGCACAGCUUCAAGUCAAAACCUAUAGAUGGAUCAUGGGGAAGUUGGUCUAGCUGGGGAACCUGUUCACGAACCUGUGGUGGUGGUGUCAUGUCUUGCCAACGCAAAUGCAUUAAUCCAGUUCCAGAGCAUGAAGGAAAGUACUGUCUUGGAGAGCGGAAAAGAUACAGAUCCUGUAACACAAAGGCAUGUCCUCAGAAUUCCACUAAUUUCCGUGAAGUUCAGUGUACCAGCUACAAUAAAGUCCAGUUUCGAGGCCGAUUCUACACUUGGAAACCCUACACAGGAGCGCAGGUGAAACCUUGUGCGUUAAUCUGCAUGGCUGAGGGAUACAACUUUUACACAGAGCGUGGGUCAAGAGUAAUUGAUGGUACAAGAUGCUAUCCAGACCAGCUUGACGUCUGUAUUAAUGGAGAAUGUCAUGCUGUGGGUUGUGAUGGAAUCCUGGGUUCGCCGGUGAAGGAAGACAAGUGCCGCGUGUGUGGAGGAGAUAACAGCACAUGCAGGACAAUGUCGGGCGUUCACACCAGACCUCUACCUAAAGGAGCAUAUCAAGAGAUAGUAAAAAUCCCUAAGGGUGCUGUUCAUGUUAAUGUGGCAGAAGCAAGACAGUCUAAAAAUUAUCUUGCCAUGAGAAACUCCAAAGGGAAGUAUCACAUUAAUGGUGACUGGACAAUCGACUGGCCUCGCAAGUUCCAUGUUGCUGGUACGGUUGUCCACUAUGAAAGGCCGGAGAGAUCAGAAGAAGGUUUGGAGUCCAUGAAGGCUAUUGGCCCAACCAGUGAAGACUUGGUCAUCAUGAUGUUGCUGCAAGAAGAAAACCUUGGUAUCAACUUCUCCUAUAACUUACCUGUGAACACGUCCAACAAACAUGAUUUGUCUCUGUACACCUGGAAACACUCUGCCUGGUCUGAAUGUACUCGCACAUGUGCUAGAGGUGUGAGUCGCUCCGUGUCACAGUGUGUACGUAAAUCUGAUACCAUGGUGCUAGAUGAUUCUUACUGUCACCUACAACCCAAACCAAGUGACCUCAAGAAGUACUGCAACCAGGAGCCUUGCCCCCCACAGUGGUCCAUUGGUCUGUGGUCGGAGUGCAGCAGGACGUGUGGAGAAGGCAAACAGAGCAGAUCUGUGAGCUGUAUCCAGGCCAUGAUGGACACAGAGGCAGUUCUCGACGAUUCUGAGUGCACCAUGGUUAAGCCUCUGUCCGAGAAGACCUGUCAGUUAACUAAGUGUCCAUCUGUCUGGUUCACUGAUGAGUGGUCUGAGUGUGACCCAUCGUGUGGGCCUGGUAAGAAGCGGCGGCGAACGUUCUGCAUGACAAACGAUGGUAAAUCAUAUCUGGAAGAUGGCAAGUGUGACCAGGACGAGCGGCCCAUGUCGUGGAAACCGUGCAUGAACCAAAAGUGUCCACCACCACGCUGGAUAACUGGAGAAUGGGGGGAGUGUUCAGUGGACUGUGGUCGAGGCCUACAGAGACGAAAUGUUCAGUGUCGAUCGUUUUCACACAAACCCAGCGACAAGUGUCACAGUUCAAACAAGCCAACGUCCGUAAGAUCUUGUGAGAGUAACUGUGAUGAUGAGGAAGAAGACGUGUGUGAUGACAAGUACAAAGUUGCGUACUGUCCCCUGGUGCUGCGGUUUGGUUUCUGUGACAGAGAAUACUUCCAGAAGAUGUGCUGUAAAACUUGUGCUGGCAGCAUUACUAACACACACCACAUGAACCAAGGAUAAACUGUGUGGCAGAAUAUUCUAAGUUUCAUCCCACUUGUAACUGUAGUGAUUUUCAAAAUAUCUUUAAAGGUAAAGGUGAACUUUGUAAUAAAGUAAAGAUAAAACCAAGCCAUAUAUAUAUUUUUUUGCCAAGUUGUAGUCAAAUAUCAGGAGAUGCCUUUGUUUCUAAUAAAGGCGAAUUCAAUUAUAUAUGAAAAAAAUAUUGAAAAUCCUGCAUUAAAAUAGUUUGUUGGCUAAAAGAAAAAAAGACCAAGAGUUAACUCUCUUGAAUAGUGACAUAGUUUGUAAGAUUUUUUCUACUAAAAACCAAAAAAAGAGUCACGUAUAAUCCAUCCUUGGUUUUGGAUAAAGAUUGGAAUGUUUAGUGUAGAUACAAUAACACUUUUUACCUGUUAUUGAAAAUACAAAGUAUACAGUAAACUAAAUUUAAACUAUACAGCUUACAGUUAAAAUUUGGAUUCUAAAGUUAACCUUUACAAAGCUAGUUCUUAAUAUUUCUGAUACUGUUAACUUCUGUUAGCAUAUGGCUGUACUGAAUUGAAGACGAGGCAUAAAGACAUGCUAACCCUUAUUCUACUUUUAUAAUCUACUCGCAAGUGUUUUUUCUCAAUAUUACACUAAGAUUUGGCUGAUAAAAUACAAUUCUUCCAGCUGGAUUCAAAUCUGACUUCUUAUGUACUUAUAAGAAAACCAGUGUAUACACUUAAUCAGCAUUGCUUCAUUUUUCUAAACGUUGCAACACAAGUUAUGUUUGCGUGAUUAUUUUUUUUGACACAGUUACAUUACCCUGAAGUUAUGUUCAGGAAUAGUAUGUGUGGUUGCGAAAGAAACUGGAUCAACCAUGAAUCAAACAGUAAUCAAUAAUUAUUUGUCCAUUACAAUGAUUAUACACUUAGAAUGUUAUCAUAUGUUAUUCUGUCAGAUUCAUGAAAGUUUACACCUAGACAUUUUGCAUAAGUUAUUCUAUGACUUCAUGAAAGCUUACACCUAGAAUUUUAUCAGAAGUUAUUCUGCCAAUUAACUUCAUGAAAGCUUAAUUACACCUAGAAUUUUAUCAUAAGUUAUUCUGCCGACUUCAUGAAAGCUUACACCUAGAAUUUUAUUGUAAGCUGUUUGCCAACUUCAUGAAAGCUGUGGAAAAGUGUAGCUAAUGGAGGAGAUGUGUCCAAUUAACACCAACUUUCUGGGACUAACAGACAGCCCUGUGUUAAUUAGUUUAUUCAUCACUUAGUUAAAGAUGUAACAGCAGUAUUCAAUGUACAUAUCAAAUAGGUAUCUCAGUUACUCAAGCAAAAACAGAAGCAAACAAACUACAAUGGGAAGUCCCAGAAUUGCAUGUUUUGUCCAAAUACUGUUUUGAUUUCAUGUUCAUGCAAGAAGAGAUAUUAAUUAAUUAAUAAAACAGUUAUACCUCA